GAGAGAGAGAGAGAGGAAUGGCGCUUUUGGGUAUGAGCACCGAGGAGUACACUUGGCUUUUCCAGCAAUUCCAGCUGCCCAUGGAAGAGCGCAACACCAAAGCCAUCCUCAUCAAGCAUCUGGAGGAGGUCCUGAGGCUGCAUGGAGUUCGCAGCAAGCUCAUCUUCCGGAACAAGGGCCAGAUGCUCGAAGCCCUGGACAACACGAGGAUGAUGAGCAUGAUGCGCUCCACAGUGGGUUCUGUCGAGAUCGCGGGAGCUCCCAUCAAUGCCAAAGCCGAUCUCAAGGCGCUCAAGUGGAACGACGGGAAGAUCCUUGAAGUGGUGAAGCUCGAGCCUCCUCAGCGAGCUCCGAUCGAUCCCAUGGAACGAAACCCUCCAGAGGCUUGAAAGAAAGGGAGAAGCGCGCGCCGGGGCAUCACUCUUCUUCAAUCGCUUCUAUCUUCCAGCAUUUUUUCUCGAAAAUGUUCUUGAGCGAGCUCCAAAACCGUGAUGCCGCUGUUCUAUGAGAAAAACCACGAUAUGCUGAUAUGGAGCUUCUUCAUAUCCAUGCCUUUCUGGGACGAGAUCUUUACAAACACAGUGCUCAAAGGUGAUGAUCACUGCAUAUGCCCAGAUCGGGGAUUUGCAAACGUUGCAUUCAAAAAUCACUAAGGUGGCCGCGUUCUUCUCUCGAAGGAUUUUUUGUGGCCCGAGCUUGAGAGACGUUUGAUUUGAUGCCACAAAGGAAUGUUGGAAUUCGAUGAUUUGUGCAGUUGCCCAAGCUGGGUGCUUGGAGGAGGCAACAGUGGUGCUUGAGAAGAAACCACAACACAAACAAGCUUCGUAUUUUCUUCUAAUGCUUCUUUACAGCGAGAAGCAAACGAUCGAUUAUCUUAUGUCAAUGUUCCAGCGGCUUGUGGAGAGGAAUGUUGUGGUAAUGGACAUUGCUCAUAUCAGCAAAUGCCCGUGGAGGGGAUUUUGGACGAACGCUCUCUGUAAUUACAUGCUUCUUAACAGUACGCGACCGCUUAAGACACUGCUGGAUUAUGGAGAAUACGAUGGGAGGAAGCAUCAUCUUGAAGUGGAGCGAGCAAGAAAUUCAUGGAUGGAGAUGGAUUGGAUGCGCAGCCGCAACGGAAGGAGAAAUUUUUGCGUGCUGGAGAGUGGUAUCAUACUGUGGCACACACAUCGCUGAUGUGCAUUUGCGCAGCUGUGAUGAAGGCAAGAAGCAACGUGGCUGCUCGACAAGUGUAUUCUAAUGCGGAGAAGAUCAAUCGACUGCCGAGUUUUCUGCGAGAAUCAGUGGGACAAGCACCACGGAAGAAAUCGUAUUUCUUCUCGUCAGUGGACCACCAGUUCUAACGAGACUGGACUAAGUGCGACCCCACCGUAGCGUCUUCGUCUUGUUCAUUCUCCAGUGCUCUUAGAGGUCACUAUAUAACGUGGAUCAAAAUCCGAACUUGGAAAGCGGAAUGUCCAUCACUGGUCUUUUUUUCAUAGUUCUAAGCAUCCUCUCGUGGAACAAGGCAGCAGGCAUCGAGGACGAGCGUCAGGUACUUCACGGCCAUCUUUCUACAUAUAUUUACUACUUGGUUCUGUUUUUGCAGAUUUAUAUCGUGUACCUCGGUGGAAAAGGCAGUCGCCACAGUUUGCAGCUGGUCCACAGACACGGCAAGAUUCUCGAUUCUGUCACGAGCAGUGAAGUCGAGUCCCCUGAGAUCGUCUACAGCUACAAGCAUGGAUUUGAUGGAUUUGCUGCCAGGAUGACCCCGAAGCAGGCAAAAGCUAUUGCAGGAAUGCGGGACGUGGUCAGUGUGUUCCCGAGCAAAACUCUGCAGCUGCAUACAACGCGGUCCUGGGAAUUCCUGGAAACGUUUUCGACGGGUCGCUCAUACUCGAGACGCAGACUUGGAGAGGGAGCCGAUGUCAUCGUUGGCGUGAUGGACACAGGUAUAUGGCCAGAGUCUGCAAGUUUCAGCGAUGAUGGAAUGUCAUCUCCUCCCAGCCGAUGGAAAGGAUUCUGCAACAACGCUGGUGUGAAUCCCGUGAAAUGCAACAACAAGAUCAUCGGAGCUCGUUUCUACAACGCGGAGAGCGCAAGAGAUGAAAUAGGCCACGGAUCACACGCUGCAUCCACCGCGGCUGGCAGUGUCGUCUCCAACGCGAGCAUGAAGGGUGUUGGCAGUGGAACAGCCAGGGGUGGGCUUCCAUCGGCCAGGCUCGCAGUGUACAAAGUGUGUGGGAUCGAUGGCUGUCCCAUCGCAGACGUCCUCAAGGCCUUUGAUGACGCUAUGGACGACGGGGUGGAUAUAUUAUCUCUUUCGCUUGGUACCUCGCCGGAGAGCUACGACGAGGAUGGCAUCGCGAUUGGAGCCUUCCAUGCCAUCCAGCACAACAUCACUGUGGUUUGCUCCGCUGGGAAUUCGGGUCCCGACGAAUCGUCCGUCUACAACUCGGCCCCUUGGAUUUUCACGGUCGGAGCAAGCACCAUUGACAGGUCCAUUGCGUCCGACGUCUAUCUUGGAGAUGGAAAGACUCUACGAGGAACGGCCUUGAGCUUUCAAGCUCAGAAAGAACCACCUUACAGCCUCGUGCUUGGCUCUUCCAUUCCUGCUAAUGAAUCUAUCCAUGCCUCAGCAGCCAGCACCUGUGAUCCAGACAGUCUAAAUCCCAAGCGAGUAGAGAACAAGAUCGUCGUCUGCGAGUUCGAUCCCGACUAUGUUUCCACGAAAACAAUCGUGACAUGGUUGCAGAAGAACAAGGCCGCUGGUGCCAUCCUCAUAAACGACUUCCACGCAGAUCUCGCUAGCUACUUCCCCUUGCCUACGACCAUCGUGAAAACAGCCGUGGGAGUCGAGCUGCUAUCCUACAUGAACAGCACCACCUCACCAGUCGCUACACUGACACCGACAGUGGCAGAGACUUCCAGUCCAGCUCCAGUAGUUGCCGGAUUCUCUUCAAGAGGUCCAAACUCCAUCAGCGAAGAUAUAAUCAAGCCUGAUAUUACUGCUCCAGGAGUAAACAUCCUUGCGGCCUGGCCGGAUAUCGUUCCAGCGUACUAUGAGAACUACGACACGAACAAGCCCGUUUUUGUGAAGUAUAACUUCGCCUCCGGAACCUCCAUGGCGUGUCCUCACGUCGCGGGAGCCUUGGCCAUGCUAAAGUCUGCAUAUCCUUCUUGGAGUCCCGCGGCUCUAAGAUCUGCGAUCAUGACCACAGCGACAACUCAAAACGACGGCAUACUCGACUAUGAUGGAAGCCUGAGCAAUCCAUUUGCUUACGGCUCCGGCCAGAUCGAUCCCUUGAGAUCUCUAAGUCCAGGACUGGUCUACGACGCAACACCCUCCGACUACGUCGCUUAUCUCUGUGCCACUGGCUACAGUGAGAGCAAAGUCAGGAUGAUCGCAGGAAAGAAGAACACGAGUUGCUCCAUGAAGAAUUCCAACCUCAACUAUCCUUCCAUCGCCUUCCCGAGAUUGAGCGGCACACAGACCGCUACCAGGUACCUGACGAGCGUGGAUUCUUCUUCGUCCUCCUCGACUUACAAAGUAACAGUCAAGAUACCAUCGACGCUGAGCGUGAGAGUGGAGCCAACGACGCUCACAUUCUCGCCAGGAGCAACGCUGGCCUUCACUGUCACUGUUUCGAGCAGCUCCGGCAGCGAAAGCUGGCAGUUUGGAUCCAUAACUUGGACGGAUGGGCGACACACGGUGUCCAGCCCCGUUGCUGUGAAGACCAUGGCUUGAUCAUGAUUCUUAUGGAGUAGACGGGGUUGCGAGGCAGAAGAGUUGACAGCAUGCCUUUCACUC